GCCAGCCAGCGCGAGCGCGGCCAAAUCAUUUUUGUCCGAGUCGCACUCACACGCAGCCUUCCUUCCUACCUCCACCCCGCAGUAGCAGCAGCAGCUCCAUCACCAUCUCCCCCUUGCUUUCUUCCUCGGAUCGGAAGGGGAGAGGGACCGGCCGACGAGGAGGAGCGGCGGCGGGAUGAGUCUCUUCGGCCUCGGACGGAAUCAGAAGACGUUUCGUCCCAAGAAAAGUGCUCCAUCAGGCAGCAAGGGGGCACAGCUCCGAAAGCACAUAGAUGCAACCCUCGGCAGUGGAAACCUUAGGGAAGCUGUGAGGCUGCCUCCUGGAGAGGAUAUCAAUGAAUGGCUUGCUGUUAACACUGUGGACUUCUUUAAUCAAGUUAACCUGCUAUAUGGCACACUCACAGAGUUCUGCACAUCCGAGAGCUGCCCAACAAUGACUGCAGGCCCAAAGUAUGAGUACCGAUGGGCUGAUGGUGUACAGAUAAAGAAACCCAUAGAAGUGUCAGCACCAAAAUACGUGGAGUACCUAAUGGACUGGAUUGAAGGCCAGCUUGACAAUGAAUCCUUAUUUCCUCAGAAGCUUGGCACACCAUUUCCACCCAACUUCAAGGAUGUUGUAAACACAAUUUUCAAGCGCUUGUUUCGUGUUUAUGCCCACAUAUACCAUUCCCAUUUUCAGAAGAUUGUCAGCCUCAAGGAAGAGGCUCAUCUUAACACCUGCUUCAAGCACUUCAUUCUGUUUACGAACGAAUUUGGGCUGAUUGACAAGAAAGAGCUGGCUCCUCUCCAGGAGCUCAUCGAAUCAAUCAUCCUUCCCUACUGAGAAGGAAACACUGAGGCUGAACCGAACUAAACAUGGCUGCUACUGAGUCCUCUACAGGAAUGGUUGAGCGAUUGGGCUAUCCGCGCCAAUAAUUUACUGGCACAAAUCUUAUUGUUCCAUUUCUUUGACAUAAAAAACAUGUACACUACUAGUGAUGUAUUUGUUUGUACAUGUUCAGCAGUUCUCCUGUGCAAACGCGAUUGUACUGCUAUAACAUGCAUGUUUGGGUUGGGUUGUGAUAGUAAUAACACUGAAAAAAGAGCAGUUUUAAGAUGGCAA